AUGGAAAUAUUAAAGCAUUGCAGGAUUUAUCCCAUAUCAAGUUUUUGUGCCACUACAGAAACAUAUUUCAAAAUACCUGAGGAUCUAGUAAACCAGCAUUUAGCAUUAAGAACGCGUAAACUAGGGCACAUACAUGUGGUGGAACAUAGUUUCAGAUUAAGCAAAGUGAAGAAGAAAUUGAUAACUACGAAUUUGGACGAAAACAGUGGCUUAAUACUACUAAUAGAUGUGAUUUCUUGCUGGAAACAGUUUGCUAGAAGUUUAGUAAACAAUGGUCAAAGUAUUGCGUAUCUCAGCAGUGCUUCCCUUUGUCAAUUUGAUGGUUUACUAAAUUUUCUAGGGCAACUGAUAGACAGCCCCGAUGAAGCUUUGAAGAGGUGCAUCUUCACCGAUAGUUACUCCUGUUUACAACAGCCUUUGACCGGAAUUAUUAUAGACAAUCUCUCAUAUUAUCAGACCCCCGUGGCUAUGCGUGAGUUCAGUGCCUUACAAAAAAUGCUGAAGUCUUUACGAUCUACCUUUGGCUGUUGGACAAUGACAACAAGUUAUGGUCUCGAAUAUUAUAAUGGUGUUGAAGGUGGAACCUCCACUUUAUAUACCAGUUCAGGAACCAGUUUCACAAGGCUGCCUGUCUCAUAUAUCAAGGAUACAGAUCUUGUCUUAAUGAGAGAUACAGAAGACACAUACCAUUUAGUGAAAUAA